AAGGAUUUUCACCUCCAUUAUCUCUCCCAUCUCAACGGUGCAAGCUUCUUUGGAUCGCUCCAUUCGAGACCGCUUCCUCUCUUUCCCGGGGUGUUCUUCCUCCUCGGUUUCUUUACUUGCUUUCUACUUUGGUUGUAUCUCUUUCCCCUUCUAGCUUCUUGUCUUUUGUUUGAAUAAGUUGUUUCAACAUUGUAAAGUGAAAAAUUCAGAAAAUGGAGCAUCUCUAGUUUCCUCUUCUUCUUGUUCUUCCAAUGUAUCGUUUGAUUCCAACAAGACCUCAAGUAUUCAUCAAUUUCCGAGGAAAAGAGCUACGCAAAGGCUUCAUCAGCUUUCUUGUGCCUGCCUUGAAAGACAAUAACAUCAACGUGUUUAUAGACGAUCAAGAGGAGAGGGGCAAAUACCUAACCAGCCUGUUUGAUAGAAUUGGCGAGUCGAAAAUCGCGCUAGUUAUCUUCUCGGAAGAUUACACCGAGUCAAAAUGGUGUUUGGAUGAGCUGGUACAGAUCAAGGAAUGUAUGGAUCAAAACAAACUUCGAGUGAUUCCCAUCUUCUACAAGCUUGAUCCCGCCGUGGUGAAACGUCUUCAAGGAAAAUUCGGCGAUCAAUUCAGGGAUCUGGAAUAUCGAUAUAAACAUAAACCAGAAAGACCCCAAAAAUGGAAGGAAGCUGUGAUUUCUGUUUGCCAAACGUUUGCCUUGUUCUUGCCCGAACACAGUGACACAUCCGAUAAAGAUUUCAUAAUGUUAAUCGUCAAGGAGGUUGGGAAAGUGCUGCCGGAAGGAGUUUUGUCGGUCUCUGCAAGUCAACAAAGUCUCACUAUGAGCGAAGCACAAAAUGAGGAAGCCGUUGAAAUUUACCGGCCAAACAACAUGACUGAAAAUUUCCAGAAUAGGAAUCAGUUACCGGGGCUAUCGUACGAGUUCAAAUUCUUGGUUCUCGGGAGACCAAAAGGUAACACGUUCAUGAUUGGCGGCGCAAGGGGACUUUCUAUUACAUGCGAAUCUGUCGUGGAAAUUGCGUAUUUGAGAAAAGCAAGCUGGCUAGACGUAGAAGGAAAGUUUGACACACGAUAUCUGUCCCCGAGUACAAGAUACGAGGUAGUGUUUGUGGUGUUAUUGCAAUACACCAAAUUCAAAUGGAAGAAACCAGUGAAGCUGAAGCUGGUCUUACCUUGUAGUAGAGAGCAACCGCAAGAGUGUCGUAUGAGCAUGGCAGGUCACAUAACUAACCAAUGGAUUGAUAUUCCAGUGGGCGAGUUCACCACAUCGGUGACAAACAUCGGGGAAAUCUCUUUUGCGAUGUAUGAACACGAGUGCCAACUGUGGAAGUCAGGGCUCUUUGUCAAAGGAUUGAUUCCAUCACGGCCUUUAGUGUUCAUCAAGUCACAGGAAGAAGAUGUGAGCAAAGAGUCAAAAUGUGAUUUUAAUGAGCUACCGAAGAUUAAAGAACCUGUCGAUGAAGCGAUUCCUAUAUUCUACAAGGUAGAUGCGAUUGGAGACUUGGCUGAUCUCCAAAACAGGUGCAAGAAAGAUCUCAUAAAUUCUGCUGUGGAGGAAAUGAGUAGAUUGCUGGCGAACAUUUCUGUGGGAGUAAACAGAGAAAAAGAAGGAAAUCACAAAUGUUUUAUGGUCCCUGCUAGGAAACUUCAGAUCAGUCACUCGGAUAAGCUAAUAAACUGGACCUGGAGUUCUAUCUACGAGGCACCAAAUGAAGCUGCCAUUGAAAUUGCGAUGUUAAAUGAAGUUUACUGGCUUCACAUGUCUGGAAACUUUCACACAAGAAAUCUAACACCAGGGACAAAAUAUGAGGUUGUGUUUCUGGUGAGUUUAGAGGAUACAUCUUUUGGAUGGGAUCAGCCGGUGAAUCUGAACUUGAAGCUAAUUAAUCCAGAUGGAACUGAGAGUUUUCAGGAGCGAACAACUAGCUUGGAAUGUCACAUAGGCGAAAACUGGGUGGAUAUUCAAGCUGGAGUUUUGGUGGCACCGCCUAGGAAUGCGGCCGCAAAGAUGACUUUCACCAUGGAACUAGAACGCAAUAAUCUACACAUGCCACAAAGAACUCAGAAAUGGAAGGAAGCUUUAGUGUCUAUCCCAGAAUCAAUAGGCAUGCCCUUGGCAGAACAAAGCUCUGCGGAAAUUGAAAUUGCGACGUCGAAUAAACUUUACUGGCUUAAAAUAGUGGGAACAAUAACUACGGAGAAUCUAACACCAGGAACUAAGUACGAGGCUGUAUUCGUAGUGAAAUUAGAAAAUAAUGCUAGUGGAUGGGAUAUACCAGUGACUCUAAAGCUGAAGGUGGUACAACACGAUGGGGACGACGAUAGGGUGGAUCGAACAGAGAACUUGAACGAUUACAUAGGCCAGAACUGGGUGGAUAUUUUGGCUGGAGUUUUCGUGGUUCCGCCAAAAACCACUCCCGCAACGAUCAUUUGCACCAUGUAUCAGUACGCGGACGAGUAUAAGAAAAAGGGACUCGUCGUCAAAGGUCUUGCAAUACGUCCCACGAACUAAGGCGUACAAGCAAAAGGAUAUAUGAUCUUUCUUGUUGUCUAAUAUAUGUAUUUGAAAAAUGAAACACUGGUCUGUUUUGUUAACAAGUGAAUUGUUCUUCUUCUUUUUUUUUUGGCUAUUUUGUUGUUUGAAGUUCUGAUAAAUUUUUAUAAUUUCA